AUGAAAUUUAUAAUAUUUGAAUAGUUGUCAUGUUUAGCUCAUUUAACUCAUAAUACCCAACCAUCUGAGUUUUGGAUUAUAUUGAUUGUUUUAAUUACCAAUCUUUAAUACCUAGCAAUAAUGUUACCUAUAAGUGGUUGGAAUUUAUGGAAAUACAGCAAUGGACACUUUUACCUUUUAUCAAAACUUGCUUAAGCCUCUUUGAUUAUACCUUUUAGCUUUGAAUCUAAUUUUAACUUUGGAGAUGUUGUAUUUGGCAUUCUCAUUCUACUCCUGUUCACUUUUAUAAUAAUCAUCAUUAUCUUAGUGAUUCUAGGAAUACAAGAUGAUAUAAAUCCUCUUUAACAUUAUUAACUUAGAAAACUCAUUUUUUAUUUCAUUAUACUCAGUACUACAAUAUUUUAAUUGCCAAUUCUAUUUUUAUUAAUACCAUUCAUAAUGAUAGGAAGAACCAAUUUUAAUUAAGAGUUAACAAUUUUUAAUGUAAAAAGUAUUUUGAGUCUAGUAACACUAUUUAUAUUCUCAAUAUUUGUAUUUUUGCAACAAUAUUUUUUGAGGGCGUAUACAUUUGUACCUUUUAAUUAUUUAUAAUAAAAGUUUAAUGGAUUGCAAUCAAUUUAAUACUGUCUCUCAAUUUUAAUUACAAUUUUAUAUUUAGUUGAAUAUGAUACAAUUGUUUAAUAUAUUCAAAUAUUAAUCAUAUUCUUAGUUAUAAUUUUGAGAUUAGUAGAAUCAUUUUUUAUGAAACCAUCUAUUCCUUUAGUUAAUCUAUUGUAAUUUUCAUUUAAUUUUACAUUAAUUGCAAUCCUAAUUAUUUUAAGUAUUAACAUUUUUACUCAUAAUGAAUAUAUUUUCUAAGAAGAUUAACUUAUUUAUGUUUUAAUGUUAUUGGGUCCAAUGGCAUUCCAUUUAAGUAAUUAAUUUUAUAUUAUGAAAUGUUUAUCAGUAUUUGAUUAUGAAGUAACACCAUUCACUUGUAUACAUUAUACUUAAGAAAUGCAUUUUCAAUAUUUAAUAACAUGUGAAAAUUAGAAAAAUAAAGAAUUCUUUUAACUUUAUUAAUAUUGGAAGGGACAUAAGGUAGUUUGUUAAAAACAUUGGUUAAAAUAGAAUUAUAAAACAGAUUACAAUUAGAUUUAAAAAACUCAUCAAACUAUCUUCUGUAUCUUAAAUACAGAAUUAGAGAGAGCAUAAUAAGAUUCUAGAACAGCUUAUGAAGAAUUAUAAUUGUUAUAUAUAAGUUAUGUGGCUUAAUUCUGUAAAAAGCCACUCUUAGCUUAUGUAGAAUUAAAACGAUAUCAAAGUAAAUAAUAAAUUCAAUCAUUUUACUUUAUUUCCAUAAGAUAUCAAAUGAGUAUUUAUCUUUAAACUCUUAUUAAAAAUCAAUAAUAAACUAAUUAAUAAAUAUAUGGAUAAUCAAAAGUUGCUAUUACUGAAAGAUAAUUAAGUAUAUAAUCAAUCUUUGAAGCUCUCUAAUUUCAAGAUUAAUUUAUUCCUAGUGUUAUAGAAUUAUUAAAUGAUAAGAUCAAUUUUUGGAAUAGAUAAAUCAAAGGGUUUAAUAAUAUUUAUGAAUUAGAACGAUUAGCUAUAUAUUAAAGCAAAAAGAUCUUUAAUUUAGCUAAUUAAAUUAAUAAAUAUUGUUCAAUAGAUAUUAAAAAUUUAGAUCAUUUAUCAAUUUCUAAUAAUGUAUAGGAUUUGAAAUUAAUAUCUAUUUUUUGUAGUGCUAUUAUGAAUGAUUAUUAUAGUACUUAAAUAUGUGAAAAUGCUAUUAGUGAAAUUUAUAAUAUUGAACAUACACUUUAAGAAGAUACAAUGACAAAUCUAUCAUUUAUUUAAGAAAGAGCAGUAAUUUUAAUGUUAAGUUUAGUUAAGAAUAGAGGUAGAAUAAUAAAUUAAGAUAAGAAAAUGAUAUCUUAAUUUUUUAAUUAUAAUGAAUAAGAAUUUGCUUAAAUAGAUAAUAUAUCAGGAUUAAUGCCAACCUUUUUUGCAGAAAAACAUGAUAAAUUAUUAUUAAAUUAUUUGUAAACUGCUAAAUCUUAAUUUUUUGAUGAUUAUAAUUAAGUUUUUGGUAAAUCAAAAGAAGGUAUGAUAAUUUCAUAUUAACUUAAAUUGGAUAAUAAUUUUAGUGAAUUAGAUGAUUAUGUUUUGAUUGGUUGUCUUUCAUAAAUAAAAAAAUCAGCAGAUUAUUUAUUAUUUAGUGAUGAUGGAUUUAUAAUUGGAAUGACUGAGAAUUUUUAUUCAACAAUUAUUGAUUCUAAAGAUUAAUCAUAUAGAAUAUUACAUGAUAAUUUGAGUUAAUUAAAUGCUUUUUUUUUAAUUCCCAAUAUGAUGGAAUUAUUAAAUGAAUUAAAGAAUACUUAUGGAAAAGAUUCUAUUUAUGUUUAAUAAGAUAAGUUUUAUAAAAUCUGGAAAUAUCAUAAUAAUAAAGAUUUAUAUGAUAUGUCUAUUAAAUUUGGAUAUUCAUCUAAAUAAAAUUCUUUUAUUAAUGAUAGUAGUUUAUUUAAAUCUAGAGCCUCAUUUGCUUCUAUUGAAAAAGAAAAGGCAGAUAUUCAAAUAUACUAGUAAUUAGGAUAAUCUAUUGGAGAGAAUAAAAAGUUAAAAGGAGUUUCAAUUUUAUAAGGAUUAACAAUCUACAGUGUUGCAUUCAAUAACUAAUUAAUUAAUUCAUUAUAAAUUUUAGAAGUAAAGUAAAAUUGUUUAUUUUUAGGGUAAACCUAAGCAACAAUAUAUUGCUAAAAUUAAUAUAGUUUACAAAAUAAUAGGAAAGAAGGAGAAUAGAAAAAGUUAUUUUAUUUUAGAAAUAAAUGAUUUGAGGAAGGCUGAUGAAUUUUUUAAGACAAAUGAUUCUCUUAUGAAUAAUUAACAUACUUUUUCAAUUUAGACAACUAAUAAAGGUAAUAUGCCUGCUGUUUAAGAUCCAAGUGAAAGUUAUUUAGGAUCUUUAAAUGUAGACAAAGAAGAAGUAACACCUAAUAUUUCCAAGUAAUUCUAACCUGGAUUUUAAAGACUUUUGAAUAAAUUUGAAGGUAAGAAUUAAGCAUAAUAAAAUUACAUGGAUUUAUUGGGAAUAGAAUCAGCAAGAGAUAGUAUUAGUUAUGGCCCUUUAUCUUAAAGAAUAAAUUUCAUAAGUCCAUCAUCAAAAUAAUAGCAUAUGUAGGAAUUAAUAGAUAAAGAUUUUAUGGACAUAUAAAAUUAAUUGGAAGUAGGAAAUGAAGAUAUAGGAAAUGAAAUUGAAAUGGCUGAUUCAUCUAAAGUCAAAAGUAAUAGCAAAGAUCAAAAUUAAAAGAGCAAUAAUCUUAUUGAAAUAUUACAGAAUAAUAGAUUAAAUUAAAAAAAUGAAGAUUUAGAUAGAGAAGCUAAAAAAUCAAAAUCAAGCAUUACUUCUGGAACUUCAGGUGUUUCUGCUAUGUCUACAAUUAAAAAAUUUUAAUCAAAAACUGAAAUGACAAAUAGUCUAAGAAUUUUAGUGACUAUUAAUAUUAUAAUUAUGAUGAUAAUCCUUGCUUACAUAGUAGCACAUUUAUUGAAGAUUUCAUCUUACAAUAAUUAAACAUAAUAAACACUAUCAAACAUUAAUGGGCCAACAUUAUUUAAUAGAUAUUUUUUUAAAGUUUUCACAUACACAUGGAGUUUGGUUUUCAACAGUCUUGGAAUUAUUGAGAGUAGUGAUUUUUUGAUUACUUAAACAAUUGCAGAAAUGUAAGAUUUAGCCUCUGUUAUUUUUGAUAAUUUAAGGAAUAUGUAUGAUACUUUUAUUGGAAUAGAAUAAUCAGGAAUGCUUAGCUCUAUCAACUUAGAUUUUUUGUAUUAAAAUAAUGAAAAUGUUACAUAUACAUAUUUUAUAAAUAUCAUUUCUAAUGUAGCUGACACUUUGUUUCAAGCUCUCAAUUAUAACAUAUAGACUUUGAUUUAAUUAAUUGAUAGAAAUUACUUAGAUAAUUUACUUAUGCUUAGAUAUAAUUUAAAAAAUGUUGUCAAUAUGAAUUUUUAAUUAAUAGAUUCCCUUAAUGAAUUGUUUUUUUAAUAAUAAUAGAGUUAAUUAGAAGAAUUUUAGACAUAAAUAAUAAUAGAAAUAAUUUUAUUGGUAAUAGUUAUAAAUGUAUAAUUGACAUAUUGGAGAUAAAUAGAAUAAUAUAGUUAAUAAAUAUUGAUAUUAGUUGGAAGGCUAUAAUUGAAUUAAGCAUAAGAUAUGAUAACAAGAUUUACAGCAGUUACAGAAACAUUAAAAUAAUUAUCUGGAAAAUAUGGAUGGAAAAAGUAAAAUUAUUAUAAAUUACUUUUCUUUCCUUUAAAUUAGAUAGGAAUUGAAGCUAUGUAAACAUAAUCUAGAGUUCUUAAAGAAUAUCAAUUAUCUUAAGUUGGUAUGUAAUCAAUAAAGUUGAAUCAUAUUAUUGAAGACAGGAAAAAUUAUAAAAAAAAUCUAAAUGUUGUACUCAAUUCCAAAAUAAAUAAUCCAAAUACUACUAUAUGGAGUGCUACCAUAAUAAUUAUGAUAACUUGUCUUAUUUUUUUAUUUUAUCUUUUAGGAGGUUUUCUAUUAUUUAAAAAAUAAUAAAAUGAUUUAUUACCUACCUAAUAAUUAACUCUUGGUUUUAUUCGUUUUACUUCUCAAUUAGAUAUAGUUGUUAGUACAGCUUUUAUUACAAAAACUUAACCUAUUUUAUAUGAUUAAUUAGUUGAUAUGAAAUUUUAUUCAGAUAAAGAAAUGGAAAUUUUUAGGGACUAAAGAGUAAUAAUUUAAAUCUUCAUUUCGCUUUAUUCAAUUUAUUUUGAAAAUAUUACCUAAAUUUAUGAAAAUAUUAUUGAAUCUAACAAGAUUACAGAAGAAGAUGAAAACAUAUUAUUAAUGUUAUAUUCUAGUGAUUUCUGUGAAUUAUUAAGUGAAGAUAUUCCAUUUUGUAAUUAUGAUAAUACAACUAAUUUUUAUGAAUUAUACGGAAAGCCAACUAGAUUAGAUGAUAAUAGAGACUAUUUAAGUAAAGGAAUUUAAGGAGUUGUUAGUAGAUUAGAUUCAUUUUUCAAAUAAAAUUAUUAUUAUGAAACUAAUAAAGUUGAUUAUUAUCCAGACUUAGAUGUUGUAAAAGAUUUAUUUAAUACAAGAGAAUUUACAAAUACUUUAAUUGAACAUUUUUUAGAUACUACAGAUGGAACCAAUCUAUUUAUAGAUACAAUAAUGAAAUCUGUAAUAAAUAUUACUUAGAGUGAUCUAAAUUUAAUGUAUACUUAUUAUUUAGUGACUGGAUUGAUGUUAUUAUUAUUUUAUCUUUUAUUCUAUGGCUGCUGGAUUUAUAGAACAAAUUAAAGACUCAUAUAAUUAAGAUUAAUUUUAACCAAUUUGCCUAUUGAAGUACUGACAGAACAACAUACGUUAUCAUUACUCAAGAAGCUGUAAUGA